AUGAAUCAAUCCAAUAUCUCUGAUUGGAACCCCACUUACUGGUCCAGCUUUAUCCAGAAUCCGCCAGACAUGGCUGAGUGGGGGUUCUGGCUGCGUUUUAUCGGGCUCCCCUUCGUGAUCAUUCUGGGCCUCUGUGGCAACUGCACUGCGUUUCUUGUGAUGUGCUUCUCACCGUUAAGGAAGCAUUCCUACAGCUACUACCUGGCGGCACUCGCUGUAUUUGACACUUGGUCUUUGGUAAUUCGUUCCCUACACUGGAUAAAUCUCCUGCAGCAGCUUCGAGGGCGUCCGCCACUGGUGGUGUUCGAGUCCACGCUGUCUUGCAAGCUAAGCGAAUACCUGUUCACCGCCGUUCACAUCUGCUGCUCUUGGCUGAUAGUGCUGAUCGCAAUGGAGCGACACUACGUCGUCUCCUCUCCACUGCAGGCCAGGAAAAAUUGUACGCCAAAGGUGUCCCGAGCAGCUGUGGGGUGUCUGGCCCUGGCAGCCCUGAUGAUCGAAAUCUACGCCGCCGUGUUAACUGACUACCGACCCGGCCUGGGGUGCGGGAUGACAGACUCUUACAUCGUGUGGCAUUACGUGAUCGCCACCAGUUUCGUCAGCAUGCUGCCCCUGAUCCUCAUCUUGCUCUGCAACAUCCACAUCACUUACCUACUCCACAGGUUGGACUAUAUCACCAACAUUUUCCGCAACGAUCACAAAACAAAGCGAGUCACCUACAUGCUGUUAAUGGUGUCGGUGGCGUUCAUAAUCCUGGUGAUGCCGAACGCGCUGCUGGGCUUAAUCCUGACCAUCCGCGUGGACUGGAUACCGCAUCUGGUCAUGCUGGCGCCCCCCUUCAACUUGCUGUGGGACAUCAAUUUCAGUAUUAACUUCUUCAUCUAUGUCAUAUCGGGCGUGGAGGUUAGACGGGAGCUCAGAGGGAUGUGCUGUUCUCCCUGCCAAGGAAGUGAAGCGAUGGACAUGGUGUCCCCUAAACUGCCGGGAGGAUCUUCACAGUCUGUCCACCUGGAGACGGUGUCUGGCACCCUCUCUGCGCAGUCACAAAGCUCUGCUCUGUCUGCCGGCGAUUGUCCCUAA